UAGCAGAAUUUCUCUUUAAAAUGGGACACAUUCAUGAUGACGAAGCUUAAGGAAUUGAGUACCGCCCGUGAUAAUUAUACAUCGAAGGGAGUUCCGCACAACUCCAGGCUUACCUAAUAUGACUGAACGGGAUAAGGACCGAAGCAAGGUGCAAUACUCCUAUGAAGGGUACUUCGAUGAAAACUCACCGCGUCCCCCCGUGCCGGGGGAGGAGAGAAACCCUCCAAUGGAAUGGUCUCGACAUAAAGUUCCAUCGCCCACACCUCGAAAGUGUUACUGUUCAAAUGACCCGUACGCGACCAGUAGCUACGACAUCGACAGCUGCAAAACUCGCCAUGACAAAUACGAGGCCCGCACCCCCUGCGAUAAUCCUUCUCCAUCGGCAUGUUUGCGAUGGUCCCACUCCUUACACGCGCUUCUAGAGGACCCCGACGGCAUAGAACUAUUCAGGCGAUAUUUACAGUCCGAAGGGCGCCCGCACGCCGACGCGCUCGACUUUUGGUUCGCCUGUAACGGACUACGAAAACAAAAGGAACCCGAACGAGUACAGCAGCUCGUCAAGGCAAUUUAUAGGCGCUUCUUUCUUAAAUCUGCUCUUCCGAUAAAAGACGAAUUGCGGCGGGAGGUCGGACGGUGUGUUAAAUCUUCAUCGAAUUUCGAUCCUCCGGUCGCGUUAUUCGACGAAGCUCAAAAGCAAGUGGAGGCUCUCAUCAGUGAGACUACUUAUCCUAACUUCCUUAAAAGCGAAAUGUACCUGUCAUAUAUUCGAACUGCCCAAUAUCCGGCUGUCUGUAGCGGCGAAUUUAGUAGUGACUCGAGUUCUUCCAGUAGUGCAGUUAGUGCUAGAGAGUUGCAGAAUUUUGCGGCAGGCGUUGGUCUUCCGACAUUGCAUGAGGAUAUGGAGUAUGUUAGUACUUCUGCUCCGCUUAGUCACACACCAGGUACAGGCUGCUUAAGUACCGGGUAUCACACACCAAAUGUAGGAGGACCCGUCCGAUUAACAAAAGACGUGCUGCUGGCGACGCAAAGGCGCCGAGCGCUCGAUUCGCGACCGAAACCGGAAACGUUUGCGGGCAUGUUCUUAUACCGUGGAGUCGGGGCCCAUGCCGUUUACAACUCGUACAAUCCGGUAUCGAGGCAGGAUAGUGAAUUACAGUCGUUAAGCAGUCAUUCGGAUGCACGUACGGAGUCAGACAAUAUGUCUCUUACAGACAAUUCUAUUGACGGUAAAUCGCUGCCUCGUGCGUCACGAAGGCAAUCUUCCAUGCUGACGAAGCAAGUGCAGGAGCAAGCGGCUCUCAAUAAGGAAACCAACAUGCAUCAGACUGUCAUACCGCGUACUCAAAGAAUGGACACGCGCCAGUAUCACGCCACCGAUCCGUUGACGUUCGGUCCGAUUCUGAUUGAGAAGUUGGAAAAAGUGCGGCGCGAGCAGGAAUCUCAAGAGCUUCUCAGCAAGAAGCUAAUGGAAGGCGAUAGUUCCUUAGAGGAUAAGACGCGCGUAAUUCAAUCCAACGAAAUCGCGAACGCCAUAAGGGAGAAGUUGCAGUUGGACGACGAUAACGAUCAAGAUAUUUUAGACCAGCAUGUGUCGCGCGUAUUUUCCGAUUUAACGCCUUCGAGAUCUCCAGGAUUUGUUAGUCCGAGACCUUACUCGCCGACGAGAAAUAGGUGGGCUCAGGAGCAGUACGCGCGAACGAGGCGUAAGGAUAAGGACGUAUUCUCGACGUUUAGCGGCGAUUCCGGUAACGUUCACGAUUUUCCGGAAUCGUUCGAUCAUAAGAUCGGCAUGGUUAAGUCGAAGAGCAUGACGGAUUACGGGGAAGAUAAGUUCAUUCGUGGUUCCAGUAGGAGGUCGUCUUCUAAGAAGACAAUUAAUGAUCUGACCGAUAGCGGUGUGUCCGUGGUUUCGGAUACGCCACCCGUUAAGGAAAAUCGGGUGCUGGCGUGGGUUAUUGAGUCUGAUAGAUCGGGCAGAGGAACCGGCUAUACGCAUAGUGAAAUGUCUGGAAAACACAGCAGGUAUGAACCUUUUGUUUUGGAUCUGUGGGAAACUCAUGCGAAUUUUAGACACAGAAAGGCUUAUAGUGGAUCCCGCUCGAGUUCAAUGGAACGUAACAGCGUUGCCAACAGCUUGGUUCCAGCCCAACCGUUCGUUGCCGACCCCAGUAUGCCCCCACUUCCGUUACCAAAUACUGCCAUUCAGUUGGAAGAAGCGCGACGCCGUCUUGAAGAUGACGUACGCACAACUCGGUUCAGGCAAAAGUCGUCAAAUAAAUACUUCCCAGAAGUUACGCAAAGCAGCCAGUCGACGUUACGCAAAUCGACGCGUACUAAAAGUUUACCGACGGCGGCGUUAACGCAAGAAGAAUACACGACCGUCGUUUUUUCGUUUUGCGAUGAACAGUUUCCAUACCGCACCAAAAUACCUGGUCAUCAGAUUAGUUUAAAUAAGUUUAAAGAAUAUUUACCAAAAAAAGGAAAUUACAGGUAUUUCUUUAAGACGGAGUGCGAGGAAUUAGGAAACCAAGUAAUACAGGAGGAGGUGAGCAACGAUACGGAUAUUGUUCCUUUGUACGAAGGAAAAAUAAUGGCGCAAGUAAAGCCUGUCGACUGAGUUUUACAUUUAUUUUAUUUUUAUACAAAAGAAAUGCCUAAUUUAUACGAAUCUUCUAGUUUUUAUAAGACUAAUGGAAAAAAUAAAUGUAUUUGCGAAGUUUAUUUAUUUCUGUUACAUUGUUAAGCGUAAUCGUCAAAAUGUGUAUGUUAACUUUUAACGGUGAGCUGAGAGAGAAAAACAGGGGGUCGGCUAGAGGUGUGCCGCUUUCGGUUACACUUGUAUGUGUAAUAUUUCUAGAUGUUUUUGUAGUUUCCUUGGGAGGCUUUCGUGAACGGAACUGUAAUUCUGUAGAACGUCUAAAGAAUUACAGUGACAUUCACCAACCUAAGGUUUUGUGUCUUAAAACAUUAAACUGCCAAAUUCAGAAGCAAUACAAAGGGCAGUGGCGUAACAAAAGUAAUCGAAUACAGCAGGUGCAUAUAUAUAGUGCCUUUACAUGUCUUCUGCAGUAAUUAAUUUCUUUGUGUGUUUCCUCAAUUUUUACCAAAAUACAUCACGUUUUAUUACAGCUAGCGGCGGCCAUAUUCGUUUAUAAUCCGAUUUUCAGAGAAAGAGUAGCUGUAGUUCGUCAUAUACCUCAUUUUUGCGUGUAAAAAUAAUUCGUCCCAUGUUCAAGUUAGUUCUAAGGACUGUAUUACUUAAACUGUACAUUUUCUUUUAAUUUAUUAAGCGUUGGAACUGAUGUUUUAUUUAGACACGGCGGCGAGUGAAACUUUGCAUAUUUCCUCAAAACGUAAUUUAUUAAAGCGACGAAAUACGCAAUCGUUUUCGCUCCCCCCACCCUCUCUAAUUUUAAUUUGUAGUCAAUAGUUUUAAAUGUGAAUUUUGUAGAUAGAAAAAAUAUUUAUAGUUGUUUUUAAAUACUUAUUUUUUUAUAAAGUAUUUUUUCACAAAACAUAUUCUACAGUAUUUUAGUGUAAACAUAGUUGCAAUAUUUGUUGAAAAUACAUCUUAAGUGCCA